AUGGAUCGCCGACGUGCAGUGCAGCUUCUGGUUCUGCUGGCCGGGGCCAGCCUCCUCACUUCAGCACUGGCGGCCGACAGCUAUGUUAUUGGUGAUCAAGGUCAGGAUUGUGCCACCACUUGUGGCCGUCGCGGGCAGUUUUGCAACCCGGACGUAAACACAAACAACUCCGAUUCCAUUUUCAAGCCCUCCUACUGCUCGGAUCCCUCGGAUGAAAACUACGGCCGCUGCGUGGGAUACGUCAAUCCUCCCGUCAAUGGGUCUUGCCAGGCUCGCUAUUGGAGCGUUCGACGCUUGUGUCGCUGUACCGGCGAUGCCACGACACUGCCUUUCUUCGGCACAGGCUACUCUUCGGGCAGCCUCACAGUGAACGAGACAAACCACUUCGAGCACGUCGUGGCCGAUGGCCACUUUGGCGUCAUGACACAUUUCUGGGUUACGGGCACUGCGGAGCUAAUGGAUAACACCAUCAUCCGCUACUACAUUGACAAUGAGACCAAGCCUUCCAUCGAGUUCAGACCCUCAAUGGCCGUGGGCGUUGGUUUUAACGACUCCAAGGCCCCUUGGGGUACCAAGUGGAUUGGCAUGGGGGCGGGCAACGGCCAAGGCAAAAACUUUAACGUCAACUUUAAGAUUCCUUUCCAGAAGUCGAUUCGCGUGACUGCGCAAUCCAGUCUGAACGACAGCAACGGAUUUUACAUGAUUGUCCGGGGCGUUUUGGAUCAAGAAAUUACCUUUGGGGGUGUGACCAUUCCCAAGACAGCACGCCUUCAAUUGCAGCGCCAAGAAAACCUGGUGCUACAGCCCAUGGACUUUUUGAAUGUGGUCAACGUGCCCUCUGGGGCGGGUCUGAUGCUCAUGAGCACACUUCAGGUCCAAAGUGGCAAUCUGAACUUUUUGGAAGGAUGCUACCAUGCGUACACUCCCGUGGAUAUGCCAUGGCCGGGCAUCGUCCUUUCCACGGGCACAGAAGACUACUUUGAUUCUGCUUGGUACUUCAAUGCCGGCGAGUUCCGCCUGCCCGUAGCUGGCUUCACGCAUUUGAACGUGAAGAACAGCAGCAUUGAAUGGAGUGCGUAUCGCUUCCAUGAGAUGGACCCUCUGCCUUUCAACAACGGCUUCCGCCUUCAAUGGCGUAACGGCGAUAUGAACGACCCUCACUCGGGCCUCAAGUGCUACACGCUGGCCAACGGAAACAUUGUCGGCUCACCAACCCCCUCCAUCGUGACCAGCUACGGCUGGGUGUACACCUGGUAA